AUGGCUAUCGACGACUCUAGCUCUACCACGACUCGGCUCUUGACUCUUCUCAACGUUUCGGCCACCAAAACUGGCAAGCGCAAGCGGACGUACUACGAAGAAAGCAAGCCUGCUGAAAAGCUGAACAAAAAGCGUGUGGUCCAGUUCUCGCCGGACUCGGAGAGCACUGCGACUGUGUCUGAAACUACCGCGGAGAAAGGAGCCCAGGGCGAAGAGGGAGGCGUAGAGGGCGAAGAGGUAGAGGGGAAUCCUGUGGACGAAGACGAUGCGGGCGCGGAUCCGUAUGAAGCACACUUCGGCCUGACUCCAAGCGUGUUGACCCAAAGCGCGCGCGAGGCAGUCGACCGACGUGAAUGGGCAACGAGGAGAGACAAGUGCGGAAAAAUGGGAGCCGUGGUUGAGUCAGUACCGGAAGGUGUCGAGCAUUCCAGUGUGUCUGGUUCGAAGCACAAGAUUCCACAAAAACUUCGGGAGCCCAUGGAGGCGAGGCAGAGCAAACUGCCUCGAGAAAUGGUUGAGCUCCAGAAUGAUGUGCUGAAUAUGCUGUCAUCGUACCGCGACUUGUAUCUCACUCGGACGGCGCUGGAAGCUCAACCCAUUGUCCGCGAAGCCUUGGCUCUACAUGCACUCAACCAUAUCACCAAAAAGCGCCGUCGUAUCAUGAAGAACAACGAGCGCAUAUCGCACGCGACCAAAGCCGGCAACGAGCCACCUGAGGACGUCCAAGACCAAGGCUUCACGCGACCCUCCGUGCUCAUUCUCCUCCCUUUCCGCUCCUUCGCCUUGCGCUGGAUAUCGGCACUCACGUCCCACACCCCGACCUCGCACUAUCAGAUCGAAAACAAUGCGCGGUUCCAGACCGAGUACGGCCUCCCUCCGGGUGCAGUGGAUAAGUUGGCCAGCGCGGAGCCCGGGGCGUACCCCCGAGAUCACGUCGAGAUGUUCAAAGGAAACGUCGACGAUAGCUUCAGGUUGGGCGUGAAACUGACGAAAAACAGCGUCAAAUUGUUUGCGGACUUCUACGCAUGUGACGUGAUUGUCGCAAGUCCUCUGGGACUUCGUAUGUCCGUCGAGAAGGAACAAAAUGGAGACUUCCUCUCGUCCAUCGAGAUGGUCAUUAUGGACCAGACAGACGCCUUGACAAUGCAAAAUUGGGAACAUGUUCAGUUUGUCUUCACCCACUUGAACCAAAUGCCCAAAGAAUCCCAUGACGUUGACUUCUCUCGCAUUAAACCUUGGUAUCUUGACGGACACUCGACAUACCUCCGUCAGAGCAUUGUGCUGAGCGCAUACGAUACACCAGAAGUACGUGCACUCUACAAUCAGGUGUUGAAAAAUGUCGCAGGAAAGGUCCGCGGGGAAAGGAAAUGGCCUCCUAUUCAAGUGCCUGAAGGCAUCGAUCAGAACUUUGUGCACAUUAGUUCUAGUAAUCCAAAGGAUGAGCCAGACAAGAGGUUCCAACACUUCACGGCACAGAUGCUCCCGGCGAUCAUGAAGUCUGCUGUUCAGAGCGCGAACACUGUCAUAUUCGUACCAUCAUCGUUCGACUUCAUUCGGGUUCAGAAUCAUUUCCGGAAGACCGCUGGUCAUUCCUUCGCUGUGCUGUCCGAGUACUCAUCAAACCAAGAUAUCUCUCGGGCACGCCAAGCUUUCUUCUCUGGGAAGAAAGCCUUCUUGCUCGUUAGCGAACGGUUUCAUUUCUUCCGGAGAUACAAACUUCGAGGAAUCCGCAAUCUUGUUUUUUACGCUCCCCCUGACCAUCCUCAGUUCUACACGGAGUUCCUGUCUUAUCCCUUUUUGGAUGACGAUGUUGACGCGUCGGACGUAACAUGCAAAGUGUUGUACUCGAAGUACGACUGGCUGCGUCUGGAACGCAUAGCAGGCACAGAGGGGGCCGCUGAGUUGAUAAAACAAAACGCAUGA